UUACCUAUUCAGAAGUGGAAACAUAGAACAUCCCGGUGACAAGCUGAUUAACACCACUGUCCAGGUUUUACCAGCAGAGAAGGUUACCAAUCUUCCGCAAGAUCUGCAAAUAGAUGAAGAUGGGUUUAUACAAAUAGGCAAGUUUAUUAAUGGCAUUGCUGAGGGUGAAAUUAAUAGCGUUCUGGGAAAAAUGAAAGCCAUCCGUCUGAAAAUUAUCACAGAGUCCCCAGUUUGGGCAUUAUUAAGUGAGAUAUUUAUUAAACUGAAGAAAUAAAGUCUACUUUUUAAUAUGUAGCUUUAUUGCCCUCUGCUGGGA